UUUCUACCAGACUACACAGCACAACAACCCAGAAGACAGAAACUCACCUCUGUGAAAACUUCAAAUCUUACAGAGUUACGAAGUAUUGCAUGUCUGAAAUGAAGUCUACUGAUGUAGUAUCUCAUAUCUGCUGCAAAUAAUAAUAGUGAGAAAAGAUAAAAAAAUUUAAAUCUGAAGUUAAACAGAUUACACCAUAAUUAAAUUUUUGUCUAUAAUUCUCAUUUGGAAAAUAAAAUUGAAACAAUACAAAAACAUCAUUUUCAGUGUGAAUAGUAUAUUGAUAAAUGACAUAAUUAUCUACAGCUAUCCUUUUUUUAUAAACAAAUAGACACUAGAGAGAGGUUUUGCCAGUUUUUUUAAGUGUGCAAAUGGCUAAAUUUUAAUAAAUAUAUGCCUUUAAUGUGCCUCUUAAGAGAUGAUUUUCUAUGUUGCCUGCAUUAAACAAUGAUUAGCUCACAGAGAUAGUGUUUGUAAGUGUGAGUUGUCUUGUAGUUAUGACUUUACACAGCUAAUAUGUAGCAUUCAAUGACAAAUUAUUAGGGUGUGUCAUACUAGUAUUUAUUGAAAAGUAUAUUGAACAAUGGGCAAACUUUGUAUUUCUCCACAUACAUGAUCACUGGAGCUAUGAGGCAUUUGUCCCAGUACUACACAACCUGAAAACUUUUAAUACAGAAGAAAUUAAGGCUUAGUGUUAGCGAUCACUGGCACAUCUCAGCUCUCCCUUUAUCAUCACAUUGGAAGUGCUUUCCAUUCAAGGCGAUUCUUUACUGGUGUAUUGAAGUGGUAGUUACAGGAUGCAAGGUCUGGGCUGUAUGGUGGAAGGGUAAGACAUAGAACUACUCCAGGUGCUGUGGUUUGAAGCGGGCUGUUAACGGAUAGGAAAUGUCAUGGAUACAGUUCAGUUCUUCUGAGAGGAAGGUACAGCAUUUCCUCUGGAUGGCUUCUUUCAGAACAGGAAACAAUUCAACUUGGUGUAACACAAGGGUCAGUUAUUGGUGGGUUUUUGACGUAAAUACGUCUAUACGGAAGGGUCAUUCGGCAAAAACAGCGUUACGAAGAUGUGUAAGAUCCAUACCAACAAUGUGUAUGCACACUGAACUUGGAACAGCACAAAAGAAAAAUAGGGGAAUCCAGAAAAUUAAAGACAUGCAGGAAGAGAAAGUCGUCGAAGUAUUAUCAAAUUAUUUUCAAAACAUGGAUGAAAAACGUGAGAAAAGUGCAACAGAUACUUCUUUGAAUCAUCCUGUAUGGAAGCCCUUAGUGGAUACUUGUACAAUGUCAAGAAAGCGCCCUAGAGAAGAAGACGAUAAUUGUGUCCCACCUGCACCAGCUGUAUCUUUACCACUGCAAAUGUCUAUCUGCAAGGUAGCACCUUUUAGUGAUGAUCCAGAUGCCAACCUGGAACGGGAACGUUGUGAUUACACAAAUUGCAUCACAUAUAAAGUGGCAAAAUCAGGAAGAGUGCAAAGACCGAUUCGGGUGUAUGCAGAUGGGAUUUAUGAUCUUUUUCACCAAGGACAUGCCCGACAACUGAUGCAAGCCAAAAAUCUGUUUCCUAAUGUUUACCUAAUUGUUGGAGUUUGCAGUGAUGCUCUGACACACAGUAAAAAGGGGCGAACAGUUAUGACUGACACAGAGCGAUAUGAGGCUGUGCGGCAUUGUCGAUAUGUUGAUGAGGUUAUUCGAGAUGCACCAUGGGAAUUGGAAGAAGACUUUAUAACUCGACACAAGAUUGACUUUGUGGCCCAUGAUGAGAUUCCUUACAUGACAGAUGAUGGGACUGACUUGUAUGCUUGGUUAAAAGCAAAAGGCAUGUUUGUAGCUACAGAGCGCACAGAAGGUGUAUCAACGUCAGAUAUUGUGGCACGAAUUGUACGAGAUUAUGACAUCUAUGUGCGUCGCAAUCUUGCUAGGGGCUACAGUGCAAAGGAUUUGAAUGUCUCCUUCCUUAAUGAGAAGAAGUUUCGCCUCCAGAACAAAAUGGAUGAACUGAAGGAUAAAGGAAAACGUGUGAUGGAGAAUAUUGGGGAAAAGCGAGUGGACAUGAUUCAGAAGUGGGAAGAGAAGUCUCGUGACUUUAUUGAUACCUUCUUGUUGUUAUUUGGAAGGGAAGGUCGCUUGUCCCACAUAUGGAAUGAAGGGAAGGGGCGACUGAUGCAGGCAUUGUCUCCACCAGCAAGUCCUCAGCGAGAUGGAAGCCCCACAUCCUCCAACAGCAGUGACCAUGAUGAGUCAGUCAGUCCUCCUCCACCCAAAGCUGGUCGAUAUGAGUUUUCACCAAGUUCAUCAGCCAGUGCGAAGUUCAGCAACAAUGGUAGCCCAGACGAUUUCUCAGAUGAUGAUGAUGACCACCAAUCAAAGUGAACAAAUAUGGCUGGUAGUGAAUGAGCAACAUACUUUAUUGUUGUAUUUUGAGAUGAGCUCGUUCAGCUUUUACACAAGCUGUGAUCAAUAAUAUCUGGUUGAAAUAUGAUAAUGUAAGACCAAAGCAUUAAUUUUGUUUUUUAUGAAAAUUGAUUUGACUUGAUACAAUUCAGAAUCUUUCAGGAGUCAUAAGCUGAAGAGAGAAGUAAAAUAUUGCUUGCAAUUGUCAUUAUCAUAAUAGUGUGUUUGAGGUGAGAAUUAUGCACUCCAUAAGGAAGAGAAAAUAUCCCUAGAAAUAUAUACUCUUGAUUUAAUCAUCAUAUAUGUAGUGAACAUGAAAAUGCACAUUGCUUACCAAUAAGUAAUUUUAUAAUGUAGGUAUCAUGCAAAUUUAUGUAAGGAGAAACAUUAGAAACGUGUUAUGGUAUGUGGUUUAACGUACAGCUCAUUUGUGAAUGAUUUCAAUAUUAUGAGUAGGGCACUUGUAUGUUGUUGCUGAGAAUUACUGUUUUCAUCUCAUAUUUAUAAAAUUUAUUUAUUAAUGUGUUGUUGAGUUGCUUAUUCUAAUUUCUGAUUAGAAAGUUGUUUUUAUUGUAGCUUUGUUCCUAGACACUUGAUACUUGUUGCCUAAGAACACAGGGAAGUGUUUUUUAUGUAAAUACAUUAUUUAUUGUAGUACUGCACUGCAGUGGAACAUGCACAAUGUUUUAGUGGUGAAACAUUUGAAUUGCUCAGUGUACUGUGAUGAGUGAGCAGAAACCAAGUUGUUAUUUGAGUAUUGUGACAUUUUGCUCAGUCAUUUGUUUAUGUGUAAGGUACAGCUAUAUAAUUUUCUGUCCUUAUCACAGGACUACAUGAACAAUUUUUUGUUGUUGCAUUGAAAUGGUCGAACUCUUGUGUUUUAUUUCAAGAUCACAGGUAGUUCAAAAGCAUGUGCAUUCUUAAGUACAAGGGAUGGAGGGGGGGGGGGGAAUUUGGCCUGGACUUUUAUUUAUUCAGAUGUCUACAGGCAUUAUACACAUAUGAAAUAAUGUUCAAUUUUCUGUGUUUUGUUCUUGUUUUUCAAUACAUUUUUCCACCCCCUGGGUAACUUCAGAUGCCAGCAUCAAAGAAAUAUUUUGGCUGACUGCAGAACCAAGAUUGCACUCCUUCAGUUGCCUUGUUAUUGGUGUUGAACUGGUACUCCUUAAGUGGUCAAAAGAUGUGAAAAUCACAUGGGGAAAUACCUGAACUUUCAGGAGGGUGAGGUAGCACUCCCCCCUUCCCCCCCCCACCAAAUAGUAUAUCAAGAACAGUGCCUGUCACCUAUAGAGAAUGUGGAUAGGCAUUAUCAUGUAGGAUAAUGAUGCUUUUGGCCAGUUGGCUGUGCCUGUUGGUUCUGAUGGUGGGCUUAAGUUUGUCUUUGAGUAGAUCACAGUAGUGGUGUGCACUGCUGUUGCUGGACUUAAUUUUGUUGCAGAUAAUGGCUUCAACAUUGCCAACACUCAUAUUCACUUCUUCAGUCACUUCUUAUGCAGAUAUGUGCCUGUCUUGUCAUAUAAGCUCAUCUGCUCUUUGCUUGCUUGGUUCACUACCACUGCAGGGUGUGUUGCAUGUGGCAUGUUUGAUAUAUGUUUUCCUGGCUGUCUUUGAAUGAUCGGCACCUUUGGAACAUAGAACAUGAAAAGCACUCUUGCCCAAAUUGUAAUUGAAGGCAACAGUGGAUAUCAACUGCCUUUCAUCUUCAGUACACAAAAAUAUGGUGAUAAUACAUGGUGCAACAGGGCUUAGAACAUCACAUGCCACCAUGAUGGGUAGACUGGUGAUAAAAAUCCAUGUCAUAUUUAAAUACCCUUCAUAUUUAUCAAGAUGAGAACAUAAUACAUUAGUCACUGUUCAGAAGUUAAAUUUUGUCUCUUAGAUAUUUUCUUAGGAAUAAAAUGUUUUCAUAUGAUUUCCUCAUUUAAUAAAUUCUCCAUGUAGGUAAAAUCACUUUUAUUGUUGUUAGGAGGAAGGUCUGGUAAAUAUCUCCCUUGUAAUUUUGCUGAAAGCAAAUUAUAAGCCAUAACCUUUCCAGUGAAUGAACUAAAAUAUUGUUAACAGUAAAUAACCUCUCUGGACAUAUGCUUCCCUUUCCAUCACUGAUAAUAAGAGACUGGACCCAACUUAUGUGUAUGACCUACCUCAGUAUUUCACCAGCAGAUUUGAUUGAUGGGUGUUGUAUGGUUCCCAGAAAUAACAGUGACUGUUUUCAUAUUAAGUUUGAACUGACUGCUUUUGGUAAUGAAGAUUGUAUUUUCUUUGAGGUAAGAACUAUAUGUUUAAAUAUGACUAAGACAGGUUAAACAGUAGCAGAUAGCAAGAAAAUUUCUCAUAUUGUUACAUGUGUAUUUUUCCAGAAACAAUAGUUUUAAAUUUUUUGUAGGAGAAUGUAAAUUUAAGUAUGGGAAGAGGUUUACUGUUAUUGCUUUUUCUAUAUCCUUACCAGUAGAAUGGAUAAAGUGGCUGCAUUUCAUAUUUGAUUAUUUUUAUUUAUAACUUAAUUGGGGGUAAUUGUUAUGCAAAACCUAGCUUUUAGCAGUCUUGGUAUUCACAUACCAUAUUUAAAUUUAUGCAUAUUACUGGCAAAAUAAUUUUGUGUGUUGCUAUUAGGACAGGAUUUAAAAUAAUUUCAAAUCUAAAGGGUUCUGACAAUGGUGGAUUACAUUUUAAAUCAUUCAUUGUCUGGACUUUUGCAUCGUCCUUGUUUAAGAAGAAGAAGAAACUAUGAUAUUUCAGAAACUGGCUCUGUUUCUAUCUAGCUCUAUUUAACGGAUCCAACUGAGUAGGUACCUCUUGCCUGAAGAAGGAAACAGAGGAAGUUUCAGAAAUGUGGUUUCUUCUUUUUGAACAAGGCGAUGGAAAAGUCCAGACAAUGAAUAAUUAAAAUGAUUUGUUCACCAUAAGUUGUAAUGAUUGGUAUCAUAAUAUGGCUUAAAUAUAACAGUAAGUUUAUGUCAGUGACAGAUUUGUGGUAUCCUGAAUUAAAGAGAAUCUUGUAUUAUGUGCCACAAAUCAUAGCAGGUGAGAAGGCAAGGGAAAACAGUAUUGUGGUGGGGUACCUCUCAGCAGGCAGACGGUAGGAAAAAGAAUCACCAUCUGAAGUAGUAUAACCAUUACUACAUGAUAUGCUCUCCACAGAGACAGGCAACUAACUGACCUGCUUCACUUCUGUCCACAUCAUUUGACCAGGUUAGGACAUCCAUGUAUGACUCCAUGCAUGCCAUUAUGUAUCAUGAAACAUCGCUUUUGAAAGUGGGUAAAUUCCAACAUUAAUUCUGUUUGUUUGACCAGUCUUGCUUUAAUUAUAUAAUGAUGUGUGUUUACAGUUAAAGAAUGUUGUUGUGUUUGGCAGUUCUCUCUCUCAUAUUGAUGCUUGGUAUGUAUUUUUGUUUAAUUCUAAGUAUUCUCUACUUGAGUUCAUGAAAUGGUCUUACACAUUCUACCAUUCAGUGGUAAGUUUUUAUAUUUUACCAUUCCUAAAUGUAGUUGUAUUAAUAGUAUCAGUUUGUGCCUUUAUCUUCUUCAUUAAUACAGUGAACCAGCUUGUUAAAAUAUGUAUUUGACUCAUCUUUGAUAGUUGCAGUAGGUGUUCUUGCACAGGAAUUAAUCAUGUACCUCUCUCUUCAUCACAUUUUUGUUUGCAAAUUUUCAGUUUUUGUUUUCAGUGCACUGUAUUUGUGACUGAAAUUUAUUGGUCCUGACAAACAUGAAGGUGAUGAUGCAAACAAUUAUAAAACAAUAGAAAGGCAUGUAGUAAUUAUCAGGAACUUUUAUCAGUUUCACUUCCCAGCAACAAUAAAAUUUGGAAGCUCUUAGUCAAACACCUUGUAAUGUGUCAGAUAUUAUUUCAAUGUCCUGAAUAUGCAGUGUACAUAAAAGGUUUAAAAAUGUCAGUAAUGCACAUAUGUGAAGUAAAAUAGUAACAUUUCAUAAUUCAGUUCACAGUUUUAUUUCUUAGUGCAGUAUUUGUUGGAAGAUAAUAGACCUGCACAUUACUAAAAAUGGUCUUGGCUAGCUGUUACGAGAGUUAUGUGUAUGUGUUGCUUACAGCCAGUGUACUAUAAGAAACAUUCGAGAACAUAAGUGAUAAAUAUUUAUUUGAGUAUUAGUUUGAAAACUUGAGUGAAGUGAACUGCAUAGUGCAUAGGAUGACAGUGGAUUUUUCAGCAGCACUCAACUGCAAUUAAGCUAAUUACAUUAAAGAGAGAGCUGGUUGAACAAUCCAAGCCACUUUAAUUGUUCUUAAACAUACUUCUUAUUACUUUAACUUCAGUGGUAAAACAUUUGCCACAUAUGACUGAUUUAGUUUGCUAUAUAAUGCUGUUCUGUUGGUACUUUACCAUUUCAGAUUUGCUUGUUGACUGAAACAGUAAACUUCUUAUCACUGUAACAACCCAGAAGAUGGCCAUCUUCAGACUCACCACCAUGAGGUCCUAAAGUUAAAAAAGGAACAUGAUAUUAGAGGAAUUGCAAAACUUCCAACCAGAAUUAUCUCUGAUUUACCUUCAUGAUACUCUUGUGAAAGAAAUCUAAUUAUAUUACAGCCUAGUGUGUGGAAACAGGAAACUCAACGUUUUAGUGAGAAAAUUAAAGUAAAGAACCCAUGAGACUCAAUCUGUUAUUCUUAAUGCUGGAUGCAAAAAAGAAAUAUGAUUUCACAAGGAGUUAAUUUAUGACACAGUAUAAUGAGAAAAUAAUGUCAUGGUCAGAACAGUACACAUAUGUAGUUAUUAAAACUUGAUCACUUGCUUGUUACGUUGAAUGAGGAAUUGCAUAAUGUGUGUGACAUGACUGAAAAACUAUGAGAAUGUAAGGACCAAUAGAGAGAAAUUUGGGGCUGUGAAAAGGAAAGCAUCUAGUUGUUUGUGUUUAUGAGAUGAUAAAGUUGCGUCAUAUUGUGAUAAAUAUAUAUUUGUUUAAAUCUUGUCAGUCUAAUCACAAUAAAAUUCCUAUUAAAUAUUAAAAUAUUACUAUAAUUAACAUUUAAAUAUUUAAAAUAUAUUAAAUGAUGUUCUCUAUCGAAAUGUUCGAUUUACAUUAGAUCAUCACUUUUUUUACACUUGUUUGUGUUUCUUUAUGAAAUUAUAGGCUCCAUAUAAAUGAAGAACCAACAAGUCUUACAUAUUCAGCAAAUUAUGGUCAUAAGGACAAAUGCAGGAUAAGGGACCGUAGAAAAUGUAGGAAAAUAAAUUAAAGUCCUUAAUAUUUAUUAUAUUCCAUGAAAGUCACUUUGGGUGCAUGCUAACCUUUUUUGCCUUAACACUGAUUUUAAUUAUAUUAUGUAAUGCUCUUGCCUUCAAAUAUUAAUAGGUGAUGUUCUUCUACUUCUCUGUAUUUCGUUACCAACAAACUUAAUGGUGUGGUGAUAUUGAGAUUUGCUUGCAUAUUAUCAUUGUAAUGUGAAUAUAGGCUGUGAAAUAAUAGUUUGUGUCUUGUUUAAUUGAAAUGUGGUUUAUAAUGUGUCAGAUUUGGUAGGCACUGUUUUGUAAAGCUGAUUUCAGAGAACAAAUUAUAAUCAUAAUAUAUAACUGUUGUACAGUCAUUCACAACACACAGGAGUCUAGUUUAUAUUAUUUGCUAGAUUUAUAAUAUUUUCUGUAGACUAGUUUUAAAGAUACAUUCUUGUAUUUUUAAGACAGUUUUACAAGCCCCUCACGUAUUGUUUCAGACUGUAUCUGAUAUUUAUGAUGCUGACAUUUUAUGUGUUGGCUUCUCUUAUUUCACCAAUUUGAAAGCAUUUUCUAUAUGCUACAAGAAUCAUGAUUAAAACUGGGAAAAAAUUAAUUUGUUUCAUAUUUGAAGCUGUUUGAACAUAAUGAACUUGGAGACCAAAGAGAGAGAUCAUUAUUCCACAGAGCAAAAAUGUACAUUUAAACUGCAGACUAUUUCUUCCAUUUCAAAUAAAUUCUUCCAUUGACUUGAUGCUCUGUAUUAAAUGGUAUAUUUUCAUUGCUUUGUUGAUGUCAUGACUAUUCAACACAGCUGAUAUAAAAGGCUGCCAUUACACAUGAUCACCAACCAUCUCAAUCCAAUCCACAUCUUCAUAAGAUUUAUUUUAAUGUUUUUGUCUCAUUCUUCCAAGCUCUCUAUGAAGUUUGUUUGCUUCAUUUAAGCUGUGUAUUCUGCAUUAUUUUAUUACCAUAGGAUGUCUUACAUAAUGUGUAUAAAUCACAGAUUUACUGCCCCUUUCCCUUGUAAUGUAGUAAAAUCCCAUUUAAAGUAUGAAUUUCUAAGAAAGACUGGACUGAUAGCACAGGCAUUAAUGUUUUAUAUGGAAUGGGUAAAAUGUUGUAAUCUCCUUCUGUUGUCAUGCCGCAUCCUUCUUGUACCCCAUGUGGUCCAUACAAAUUUUUUAUAUGAAUUAAUUUUUUUCCUUGGUUGUAUUUUGAGCCACAACACAGACUGCCUAAUAUACACAAUUGACAUCAUUCAUUAAUGUAUCAGUUCAUUUCAUAUAAUUUGUAUUUAUUUCAGGUCCCUGAUGGGUUGUGAAUGGUAAAUUAUUCAAAGCUGCAACAGCAUUCAGAACUUUAUGCUCAACGCUGGGUUGUUGCAUGUGUGUGUAUGCCAAACUUGUGAAUGAAAUACUUUUCUGGUUGCACAGAAACUUCAUCACUUGUUUGUUGUAAUGUUUACUGUUUGUUGAAUAUUGGACCAAGUGACUGAAAAACACAUGUCCAGGCCACUUUUGUUUACAAAUAUAUUUCUGAAAUUUGAUUGUUUAUUGUUACUUGUAGUGGUGAAUUUUAUACAUGCUAACUUCAUCAUCUUUUAGCUUGAUGAAAGAUUAAGAUUCUUGCCACUAUUUGGAUUUCAUGCCUGUAACUUGAAAGUGUAGUGCUUCAUCCAUUACAUGUAUUGCCAUGCUGUUUUGUAAGAAAUUACUAACAUAAGCACCUCUGCUCUAAGAGUAAGCAACAGAACAUUUUUAAAAUCAAACAUUUUGCUUCGUUGUGAUAUAUUUUAAUGUGUCUUUGGUGUUUGGUAAAUUAUUUUUUGGUAGAAGCCUUUCCUACAGAGCACUAAGGGUGCAGUAUUGAUGAUGAUCUUCUGGGUUUCAGCACCAUAUAGACUGGUCAGUAGAUGCUAACGUUUUGGAGCAACAUACUUUCUCCAUCUUCAUGGUUGAAGUGAUGAUGCUGAAAUCACGGAUGAACCCAAACCGUAAACAUGAAAGGGAAAAUGGCUUCUCUCUGAGUCGGGUAUGGAAGCCUCUCAUGACCUGAAAGAAUGGAGACAAUCUGCCACCGAUUAAUGAACCUUGUCUUGUGGCUGACUUCAUCUGUCCUUCCCUCCUCUCUCCAUCUACCUGCACUCCUCUGAUACCUGCUUGCAGUCUUCCUAUUACCUCUACCUCAUUCCAUCCUGAAAGGCCUAUUCCUUCAGACUUCCCUUCCUGCCAACCUAUAUAAUCCCUCUCAUUCUCAGCAUUGUCACUUCAGCCCUGAAGAUGGAAACAAUAUGUUUCUCUGAAAUGUUGGCAUCUACCAGUCUACACAGAACCAAAACCUAGAACAUCAUCAACACUGCCAUGAAACCUUGAUUCUCACAAGGGUACAUUGAUUGGAAACUGUUUUAUUUUCUGGUCUAUACAUUCUUCUUGUCAGUGCUCUAUUAUAUUAUUCUUAAACUGACUUCAUGUCUCUGUAAAUGUGAAUCACACAUUUUAUUAUAGUUAAUGUUGUGUAUGGGACCAGGGAGAAAACUUACCAUAUAUGUGACUGACAUGAAGAGAAGUGACUUUACCUUUGUAAAUAGAUAAAAAAUGUGUACGUACAUCUGUUGCACACUGGUUGCUCUUCUUGAGUACAUGUUUAUUGUGUUUGAGUGGUGAGUAUAUUAAUGUGGUUGCAAACAAAUUGAGCUAUUUUCCUUAAUUUAUGUGUUGGUAUUGUAACAGUAUUGUAUAUUUAACAAGACUGUAAGAACAUGUUGUUAAAUAGGCCACAAUCCCAUCAGUAGACCGUGGCACAUGUUGGAGAUAAAUGGUCACCCUCACAGUUCAGCACCAUUACACCCAAAGAAAGAGUGCCAUAACAUGUUUAAUAAACACUGGGUAGACCCCAGAACCAAUCUGGUGAAGAGAAAAAAAUCUUUAUCCCUAUUAGGAAUUAAACCCUGGUCAUUCAGAUUAGAGCCAGUUACUGUUAAUAAAUCUUUCAGUUUAAAAUUAUGACAACAUACAUGCAAAUAAACUGUUCUAAUUACAGUUAGCAGGGAGUCAUCAACAUUAAUGUGCUUGCCUGAGAGCCAUCAGCAUAGUUUCUUUUCUGUGAUUAAUGGUUCUUUCCUAGUUGGUUUAUUUUUUGGUCCUUGGCAAGAUUAAGGGAGUCCCAGUAUGUGGGCUGUUGGAAAUAUACAAACAGAAUGAAGAAUGCCUUAUAAAUAUAAAUUAGAAUUGUAAGACUUGAGGUUCUCACAGCGGUGAGUAUGAAGAUAUCCGUCUUCUGGGUUAUUGCGCUGUGUAGUCUGGUCGAUGUUAACCAACGUUUCAGAGGUCAUACUGCCUCCGUCAUCAGGGCGAUGGUUAACAUCGACCAGACUACACAGCGCAAUAACCCAGAAGACGGAUAUCUUCAUAAAUUAGAAUUGUCUCUGCAAAGAAAUGGCAUAGCAUACCAGUCCGGGAUGACUAAUUACAUGGUGUAGUGUCUUCAUUGUACAGCUGUUAUUCACUUUAAGAAAUGAGUUAUUGUAAUGAACUUGAGCCAGUUCACACCUUCAUAGCCUUGUUCUUGUAUAUUGCUUUAAAAUCAUUCUGUCUUGUAUGCUCAGGUAUCCCAUGUGGCCGCUAUCUGUGAUGUUUACCAACUACAUUGUUUUAUAUGUCUCAAGGCUUAAGAAGAAAUGUGUACAAGAUAUUUUGAUACCUGUGAUGUAAUGGAAUUGUUUGCUAUGGACUGAACCUUCCUGUUCAUGCAGCCUCACAGCAUACAAUAAGUGAAACAUUGGCAAGAACAUGGAGUAUAUAAGACUGUACACUUUAUUGUAUUGAAGUCACUAUUUUUAAUUUUAAUGUAAUGCUUAUUUAUAGUUGGUUAGUUACUUUGAUUGACUUGGAGAAUUUUCACAUUGGUUACACAAUUUGCUCAUUGUGUAAAGUAUGCAUCCUGCUUUUACCCUAAUAAUUCGUGGAAAGGUGUUUGAAGAUUUAUUUUCUUCCAUAUAAUUUGCUUCAUGAAUACUGUUGCCAGCUAAAUACAGAAUGUGUAUACAUUCCUGACUGAAGUGCAUUGUAGACUGAUGUGGUAACAAGGGGAAUUGUAUUAUGUUUCAUGCUGGUGAUAAAAGAAAUAAAUAAAUAAAGAAAUGUAAUGUGUA